UAUAUUAAAACAAUAGCCGAUGUUCUUCUUUUGACUGCAACACAAAACAUCGCUCAAAGGGGUCAUCAAGAGUCUGAGGACUCUAAAAAUAAGGGAAACUUUUUGGCCAUAUUGGAUGAAAUAGCAAAGCAUGAUAAGUUAAUUGAAAAAAAGCUUAGAGGAUGGUCCAAUGCAAAAUACACAAGUCCUCAAAUCCAAARUGAAAUUCUUCAGGGCUUAGCAGAGAUGGUACAGACUGAAAUCAUAAAAGAAGUGAAGGAAUGUGAAGUGUUCAGUGUUAUUGCAGAUGAAACAAAAGACUUGCAAAAAAAGGAACAAAUGUCUGUGGUUGUACGAUAUUAUUACAAUGGUGUCAUCCACGAAAGCUUCCUAUGUUUCCAGGCAGCUGAAAGCCUUAAUGCAGCAGGUCUUAGUGAAAUGAUCAUUAACUGUCUUVAGAAACAUGGUCUGGACUACAAAAAUAACCUAGUGGGACAGGGUUAUGACGGCGCAUCUGUCAUGAGUGGGAAGCAUUCUGGUGUAUCUGCCAGAAUUCAGAGCAAUGCCAGAUUUGCAUUUUAUGUUCAUUGUAACGCACAUUGCUUGAAUUUAGUCCUUGUUGACGCURCCAAAGCAGUCCCUGAGGUCGUUGACUUUUUUGCACUUCUACAGCAGCUUUAUAACUUUGUGUCUGGCUCUUAUGUUCAUCUGAGGUGGCUUGAUGUACAGAAAGAGUUGUAUCCAGCAGAACAACCCAGGGAGCUCCAGGCACUUUCAGAUACGAGGUGGGCUUGCAGGUACAAGGCAUGCCGUACCAUGAGAGACAGACUUCCAGCAGUUCUGAGAUUGUUGCAGGAUAUUGCAUUUGAAAGAAACGGCGAAAGAUCAGUGGAGGCGAGGGGUCUGCUUCUUCAAAUAGAUAUCCAAUUUUUAGGUCUUUUGGUUACCUUUUGUAAAGUCCUUGGUGAUGCCAAAUGUCUUUCUAACAUGCUUCAGUCUAGCACUCUUGACCUAGCAAGAGCUGUAGAUCUAGUAGGUGCUAUUGGAGACACUUUCCAG